AUGUCUUUCACGUCCAUUCCAAUCCUAGAUCUGUCUCUGGCCAAGGACCCGGCUACCAAGCCGGCUUUCCUCGCAGACCUUCGGCACGCUCUUAUGGAAGUGGGCUUCUUAUAUCUCAAGAAUGUCGGUAUUCCACAGGAGGUGUUUGACCAGGUCAUCCGAGAAGGGAAGAGCUUCUUUGACAUACCAGAAGAGGAAAAAUUCAAAAUCGAAAUGAAAAACGCCCCCUCCUUCCUCGGCUACUCCCGUCUCUCCGCCGAGAUCACAGCCGGCGCCAUCGACCACCGCGAACAGAUCGACCUGUCCACCGAGCACCCCUUACCCUCACCCGGCGCGCCGUUGCACUACAACCUGCUAGCACCCAACCAGUGGCCGUCACCCGAGGUGCUCCCAACCUUCCGCCAGCUGUUCACCGAUUACAUGAAGAAGAUGGGCGAGAUCUCCAUCUACUUCACCAGCCUGAUCGCCGAGGCGAUCGAGCUGCCCGCCGACGCGUUCAACAAGUACUUUGAUAAAGACCAGCAGCACAAGCUGAAGAUCGUCAAGUACCCGGAUGUGGGCACGUUGGGCAAGGAAGGCAAGGAGGGAAAUCAGGGCGUGGGGCCGCAUAAGGAUAGUAUGCUAUCAAGCUACCUCCUCCAAGCCUCCCACCACCGCGGUCUCCAAGUCCAAAACAUGCGCGGCGAAUGGAUCGACUGCCCGCCCCUCCCGGGAACCUUGGUCGUCGCCAUCGGGCAAGGUCUCGAAGCCCUAACGCAGGGCGUCUGCGUGAGCACCACGCACCGGGUCCUCUCUCCUGCCGCGGGACAAGGCGCCCGCUUCUCCAUCCCCUUUUUCCAGGGCGUGCGGGGUGACACCACCUUUGACGAUUUGGAAAAAGUCGGCGUGGGGCAGGUGCCCGAGCACGUCAAGGAGCAGCGCAGAAGGGUGCUUCUUGAAGCGAAUGGUGGCCAGAGGCUGGAUGAUGUCGAGUUUACGUUCCGCAAGGGAGGCGUGGCGACGACGCUCGGGGAGGCGACGCUGAGGAAUCGCGUCAAGAGUCAUCCGGAUGUGGGGGAGAGGUGGUAUCCGGAGAUUUUGAAGAGUCUUGGGGAGGAGCGGGCUAGGGCGGCGAGUAGUUCUCCUGUGGGAGGAGCCGCGGUGGUGGUACCGGAGGGGAAGGCUGUUGAGGCGCAUUAG